GAGAGCCGGCCACACAAAACAUUCAGUGCCAUCGUAAAGAAACAUAAUGGCCUUGUUACACCAUCUCCUCCUCCUCUCUAUCUUGCUCCCAUUUUGCACCGCAGCCACCGACCCCAUCGGCCAGCACUGCGCUAACAGCUUCAAUGGCAGCGAAAUCCAGGACAACAUCGACCACGUCCUAUCCGAUCUUGUCGCAAAGGCUUCGGUCGGUGGCUUUGCGACAACAUACUCCGGGGAAGGAAGCGAUAUAAUUUAUGGCCUCGCGCAGUGUAGGGGAGAUGUUAGCUCCGAUGACUGCUCCACGUGCCUCAGAGCUGCGGCAAAGGAGCUCCCAACUGUGUGCCCAGACCAAGCCGAUGCGAGGAUUUGGUACGACUACUGCUUCAUGCGCUACGACAACGAGAACUUCAUCGGCAAGGACGAUACCGAGUUUGCACUAAUUUUAUAUAACGUCCGGAAUGCCACAGAUCCGGAGGCUUUCGACAAGGAGAAGGAGAGACUGAUGAGUAGGCUGGAGGCGGAGGCGGUGGCACCGGGGAGCCAGGAGUUCGCAACCGGGAAGACGGAGUUCACGCCGAAUGUGACCAUCUACGGACUGGAGCAGUGCACGAAGGACCUCAAGCCACUGACGUGCGCCCAAUGCUUGUCGUCGGCGCUGGCCAAGUUCCCCGACUACUGCCGGUUCCGGCAGGGAUGCCGGGUGCUUUAUAGCAGCUGUAUUGUGCGCUACGAGAUUUAUCCCUUCUUUUUCCCGCUUGACUAGCGCCCGACUGCGGUCGGCUUCCACUCCAUGGCCACCUUAAUUAUCCGUAGCGUUGAUUGUUCAACGGUACUAUUUCUGUGGUCAAAAGAAAUGGAGAUAAAUAUAUAUCAUAUAUGGUGAUGCUAUUGUCUUAUACUUGGAAUAAAUAAAGACUUGUGAUAGUAUUUUUCA